AUCGAGGAAACCGAUCUUCCCUUAUCUCUUUAAGCAGCUAUAAAAGGGCAGCUAUUUGACCACAAGUUUCUCAUCAAAUUGCUGUGAAACAAAGAAGAAAGGAAAAGGCUAUGAUUGUGAGAAAUUGAAAGGAUAUAUUCACAUUUGCUAUUGGACGUUGUCAUCGGGAUCACGCCCUUGUUCUUGUUUCAGAUCGGAGCGUUUCUCCCUAAGAUUUAAAGUUUUAAGGACUGCACCAGCUUUAACAUAAGAUACAGUUAAACCUGGAGAUGUCUUUUUCAAUGGAAGAAGUUGAGAUGAAGUCUUCUGCAGCUGAAGGACUAGAGCUUAACUAUCAGCAACAAAAUGAAAAUUGCAAAGUAUAUGAAGAAGAGGCAGGGGGUUCAUGCACACCGCAGUCAGGUCGAUGUUGUAUGGUCAAACAGGAAUCAAAUGAAGUAGAAGCAACUGAAUUGCUGGAUAAGGGGCUUAUGCAGUAUGGUUGCUCUCAUUAUCGUAGAAGGUGCCGGAUUAGAGCUCCCUGUUGUGAUGAGAUCUUUGAUUGUCGCCACUGUCAUAAUGAGGCCAAGAAUAAUAUCAAUGUUGAUCAGGGGCUCAGACAUGACAUCCCACGCCGUCAAGUCAGUAAGGUCAUUUGCUCACUCUGUGGCACAGAACAACAGGUCCAACAAGUCUGCAUUAACUGUGGUGUGUGUAUGGGGAAAUAUUUCUGCAAGUCCUGCAAGCUUUUUGACGAUGAUACAUCGAAGAGACAGUAUCAUUGUGAUGGUUGUGGGAUCUGUAGGAUUGGAGGGCAGGAGAACUUCUUCCAUUGCCACAAGUGUGGUUGCUGCUAUUCAGUUCUUCUGGAAAACAGCCAUCCCUGUGUGGAAGGAGCAAUGCACCACGACUGUCCUGUAUGCUUUGAGUUUCUGUUUGAGUCGAGACAAGAUGUUACUGUUUUGCCAUGUGGGCAUACAAUUCACACAAAUUGUUUGAAGGAUAUGAGGGACCAUUUCCAAUAUGCCUGCCCUCUGUGCUCCAAAUCGGUUUGUGAUAUGUCAAAGGUUUGGGAGAAAUUUGACGAGGAGAUCACAACUACACCAAUGCCAGAACCGUAUCAAAAUAAAAUGGUUUCAAUCCUUUGCAAUGAUUGCGGGACAAAAUCUUUAGUUCGGUUUCACGUCUUGGCUCGGAAAUGCCCGAACUGCAAGUCAUACAAUACUCGGCAAACACAAGGCUAAAGUGGCAAGAGUAGGAUCUGGAAAUGACUUGGAUCAUAUUCUUUUUCUUAAUUGGUGCAUCACAAUGAGUGGAGAAGAUUUGGUGUCCUUCGUGCUUGUUCUUUUGGAGUCGUUUGGGUGGUUUUAUUUUCAGAAUUGUUCAUGUAGUGCUUGUAUUUCCGUUUCUUUUAUAGACGGACUCAUCUUGCCAGUUCUCGCCUAGACUUUCGAUUCUUGUUUAGAUUUUUACCUCCAUGUAGUAUAUGGAUGGCUGUUUCAUCC